CGCACCGCGGCGCUUUCGCCACUCAUAAGAGGCGGCGUUCGGGUGCACGGCGGAUAGCCAGUUCUUUCUGAGGGAGUUCGCCAUUGUUGGUGCACGUAUAUUUCAGACCAGGCCGUCAGCAAUCGGACAACAUCCAAGAUGGUGAACUUUACAGUAGACGAGAUUCGUACCAUGAUGGACAAAAAGAAGAAUAUCAGAAAUAUGUCCGUCAUUGCUCACGUCGAUCACGGAAAAUCAACUCUGACCGACUCCCUUGUAUCUAAGGCCGGCAUUAUCGCCGGCGCUAAGGCCGGUGAAACACGGUUUACCGAUACACGCAAAGAUGAGCAAGAGCGUUGUAUCACUAUUAAAUCUACCGCUAUUUCCAUGUUCUUUGAACUUGAAGAGAAAGAUUUAGUCUUUAUCACAAAUCCUGAUCAACGUGACAAAGAUGAAAAGGGCUUUUUAAUUAAUUUGAUUGAUUCACCUGGACACGUAGAUUUUUCAAGUGAGGUUACAGCUGCUCUUCGUGUCACUGAUGGAGCUCUCGUUGUCGUUGAUUGUGUAUCUGGUGUAUGUGUACAAACCGAAACUGUACUGCGCCAGGCGAUCGCAGAGCGUAUUAAACCUGUUUUAUUUAUGAACAAAAUGGACCGUGCAUUGCUAGAACUCCAGUUGGAUAGCGAAGAUCUCUAUCAAACUUUCCAACGUAUUGUUGAAAAUGUUAACGUUAUUAUUGCGACGUACUCUGAUGAUGAUGGUCCUAUGGGUGAAGUUAGAGUAGAUCCCAGCAAGGGUUCCGUAGGUUUUGGUUCCGGUCUCCAUGGUUGGGCAUUUACUCUAAAACAAUUCUCUGAGAUGUAUGCUGAGAAAUUCAAGAUCGAUGUAGUGAAACUUAUGAACAGACUGUGGGGCGAGUCUUUCUUUAAUCCCAAGACCAAGAAAUGGAGCAAACAGAAGGAGACCGAUAAUAAACGAUCCUUCUGUAUGUACGUUUUAGAUCCGAUUUAUAAGGUUUUCGAUAGUAUCAUGAAUUAUAAGAAAGAGGAGGCAGAUACUCUUUUGCAAAAAUUGGGAAUUGUGCUGAAACCCGAAGAUAAGGACAAGGAUGGUAAAGCUCUUUUAAAGGUUGUUAUGAGAACGUGGUUGCCUGCUGGAGAAGCUCUACUUCAGAUGAUUGCCAUUCACCUGCCAUCUCCUGUAACUGCUCAAAAAUAUCGUAUGGAGAUGCUGUACGAAGGACCACUUGAUGAUGAAGCUGCCAUUGGUAUCAAGAAUUGCGAUCCGAACGGACCUUUGAUGAUGUAUGUUUCGAAAAUGGUACCGACAUCGGAUAAAGGACGUUUCUACGCUUUUGGUCGAGUGUUUUCGGGAAAGGUGUGCACAGGCAUGAAGGCUCGUAUCAUGGGACCCAACUUCCAACCGGGCAAGAAAGAAGAUCUAUACGAGAAAGCUAUCCAACGUACCAUUCUAAUGAUGGGUCGUUACGUCGAAGCUAUCGAAGAUGUGCCUUCCGGUAAUAUUUGCGGUCUCGUCGGUGUUGAUCAAUUCUUGGUUAAGACUGGUACCAUCACGACGUUUAAGGAUGCACAUAAUAUGAAAGUUAUGAAAUUCUCGGUAUCGCCCGUCGUACGUGUUGCAGUAGAACCGAAGAAUCCUGCCGAUUUGCCAAAAUUGGUCGAAGGUCUCAAGCGUUUGGCCAAGUCCGAUCCUAUGGUGCAAUGUAUCAUUGAGGAAUCCGGCGAACAUAUCAUCGCUGGUGCCGGAGAAUUGCAUCUAGAAAUUUGUCUGAAAGAUCUUGAGGAAGAUCACGCGUGUAUUCCGAUUAAGAAGUCCGAUCCCGUCGUAUCGUAUAGAGAAACGAUAUCUGAACAGUCGAAUCAAAUGUGUCUUUCAAAAUCCCCGAACAAACACAAUCGGCUAUUCAUGAUGGCUUGUCCGAUGCCGGACGGUCUCGCUGAAGACAUUGACAGCGGCGAUGUUAACCCACGAGACGAUUUCAAAGUGCGCGCUCGUUAUUUGAGUGAGAAGUACGAUUAUGAUGUGACUGAAGCUAGAAAAAUCUGGUGUUUUGGACCUGAUGGCAGUGGACCCAAUAUAUUGGUUGAUUGCACCAAGGGUGUACAAUAUCUUAAUGAAAUUAAGGACUCGGUAGUAGCUGGAUUUCAAUGGGCCACGAAAGAGGGUGUUCUUUCGGAAGAGAAUUUAAGAGGUGUACGUUUCAAUAUUCACGAUGUAACGUUACACGCCGACGCAAUCCACAGAGGUGGUGGUCAAAUUAUCCCUACCACAAGACGUUGCCUUUAUGCCUGUCUUCUCACUGCCUCACCCCGAAUUAUGGAACCUGUUUACUUAUGUGAAAUUCAGUGUCCGGAAGUAGCAGUCGGCGGAAUCUACGGUGUAUUGAACCGUAGAAGAGGUCACGUGUUCGAGGAACAACAGGUGGCGGGUACUCCCAUGUUCGUAGUUAAAGCUUAUCUUCCUGUAAACGAAUCCUUCGGCUUCACCGCCGAUCUACGCUCCAACACCGGUGGUCAGGCUUUCCCACAGUGUGUGUUCGAUCACUGGCAAAUCCUGCCGGGCGAUCCGAUGGAACCCAGUUCUCGACCAUACCAAGUUGUGCAAGAUACACGUAAGAGAAAGGGAUUGAAGGAGGGUCUCCCAGACUUGAACGCGUACCUCGACAAAUUGUAACCUCAAAUCUGCGCGCACCAUAUUUAAAUAUCUAUUUAAAAAUUGUAAUUCGAUUAAUAAAUCGCUGGAGCUGCUGUAUACAAUUAUAA